GUUAGAGCUGCUUUGGGGACGGGUUGAAGUUAAAUCUCUUGUUAUAAAAUCGUUCUAAAACACUUGAAGAUGCUAGAGCGCUUUUCUAAAUCAUCCUCUCUAUGGUCUAAAAAUAAAGUGGAACGAGAGAUCCAAAGUAGACAUACGAGUUAAGUUAGUUAACGCUGCGAAUUACUGUACUGUUAAAUCUACCCAGGGGGUGCAGAGCUAUUUCACGGAACGGCGCUGUUAGCCAAUAAGAUGCUUGAAGUACAUAAGAAGACCGUCGCAAAUUCAAUGAAUUAAGACUCAAGAAGAAAAUGUACACUUUACGAAUUUGAACACCAAACAAAACCAAAGGAGAUGAACACAAUACGCUUAUCUAAAGAAGAAAGGCGUAAUUUAAAUUAAAUCCGAUUGAUUGCAGAAAUCUAUGGAAAUAGCUUACGCUUUGAAGGUGUUGACUAAACGCAGCGCGUAAACAGUUUUAUCCAAUUGGAAUAGAGGAAGUUAUUUUAAGCUCAUUUUGAUUUCCUGGAGAUGUCAUUCUUUGAGAGAUACUAUCCGCAGACUAAGAAUAUUAUGAAAAACGCUUUUUGCUGUCAGAAGCGACUAAGCUUGACACGCCAGCCACUUAUGUCGAUCUGAGAGAUAGAACAUUCACUUAACAAGUAAGCAAAGACAUCGAGGGCGAGCAAAUCACAGGAGACGCAUGCUCCAGAUCCCCCCGUAGAAACGCUAUAAAAAUAAGGGGCUUGGUGACACACUUGAGGAAGGGUCUGUUUGGUGUUCAAGUCAUUUAAAACCAAGUGACGCAAUUAACCGGAAAUAAAUCGUUAACCAAGUUUCCUGAUCACGACGAAGUCGCGUAAGUCAAAGUGACUACCGUGCCAUUGACGAUUAGUGGAAACAACAUUUUUUAAUGGGAAAACAUAUGAACAUGGCCAGUUGGAUAUGUUUCGGAAAUCGGGUACAUUUCGAUACGGUCUAAUUUAUCGCAGCGUACGCAUCCAUUGUGCGCUGGGAACGCGUUACUUGCCACAUCCAAUUGCGCUCAGACAAACUGAAGUAUUCCCUAAAUUCAUGUACAAAUCAUCGAUAUUAAUUCUGAGCCAAAACAAUAGGAACAUGAUCCUGAAAAUAGGCCUUACCACCUGUUAACGCCAGUAUCGACUAUAAGUUAUAACCGUCAAUACCUAACUUCCAAAUACAGAUAAGAAUCUUUUCUAUAGGGGCUAUUGAAUCAUUAGGAACAAGUACGAACGUUGUUCAACAUCAAAUUUAACGACAGGUGAAGAAAAAGCAAAAACAUUGACGCCCUGGAUUCAUUUUUAGGUUGGUUCUAUGUCAACCAAAAAAAUUCGCUGCCAGUUUUACCAAAUUGAUUGCUAGCCUAUUAUUAUUAUUAUUAUUAUUAUAAUUGAACAGCGAUACUGAACAAUAUAUAAAUUGACACAUCAUCAUGGACAUAAGGACACUAACCGUCGUCUUCCAGCUAUUUGUUGUGGUGUUAGUUUGUGACGCAAAGAAACCAAAAACAAGCGGUUGUCCAAAGGGAUGCGAUUCAUGUUCGCCCUUCAACGGCUGCUUGGUUUGUAAACCGAGGUAUUUUCUACUGCUGAAUAGGAUCGGAAUGAUGCACAAAGGAACGUGUACGAGAACGUGUCCUGGUGGAUAUUACAGUAGCCAUAGUAACCAUAUUGAUAAAUGUUAUAAAUGCCGCGUAGAUAAUUGUGAUAUCUGUUUUAAUAAGAGCUACUGUUCCCGGUGUUUAUCGACGCAUUUUCUAUACCUAGGCAAAUGUGUAGCUGUUUGUCCAACGGAUUAUUACCAAGAUAAAAAAUCUGGCGAGUGCAGGAGAGUAGUCGAUUGUGAGGUCACAGAUUGGAGCUUAUGGGGGCCGUGUGGCAAGAAUGGGAAAUACUGUGGUUACAAAUGGGGGCUGCAAACUCGAACAAGAGAUAUUAUAGUAAAACCUACGCCGAAUGGGAGUGCCUGUCCGAUUAUAUCAGAGAGAAGGCAAUGCCGAUUGAAGAGGCGACGUUGUUCAGACACGUUUCCAAAUGCUGUAGAUGAUAAGGACAAUAAUAAGAGGAAAGAUGGAAAGAAAAAGAAAGGAAAGAAAUCCAAGAAAAACAGAAGACGAAAUAAGAGAAAAGAUACACGUAGAACUAAGUCGAAAGAUAGAUACUUAAACCCAACAUUGAAAUACCAACCAACAUUCGAACGUCUUGAAGGAUGGGAUAUGAGAUAACAUGGUGCGGAGGAUAAGUGCUUAGAUUGGAAUUUCAAUAGACUUUUAAAAAUUCGUUUAGGCGCAUGGACCAGGAAUCUAAAAUAGCGAUAUUCAUCGCUGUCAAAUUAAAUGAUAAGUGGCAAUCCUUACACAACAUUAUAAUGCUCACCUAAGCAGAUCCAGGAAGGAGGUAGAAGGGGCCAGAAAGUCAAUUUUACAAAUGAAUGGUCAAGACUACAUCAGUCCCGCCAUGGUCGCGACUGAAGUACGAAGGUUUAGGUCUAUAAAGUUUUGAGUCCAUACUGCAGAAUUCUUCGUUCGGCAGGAUAGCAUCUUGCCCACCAAUAUAUCUCCACUGUAUUUGGGACAGCUUCGCUGAAAUUAUCAUCCGAGGCGCAGAACAACUUGUGGCUAUGGCUCAAAUAUAAUAUUUGAUGUAGACUGAAUGAAACUAAACAUAAAAUAUAUGCUGCUAUACAAGACCACGUGACUAUGACUGCCGAUUUUGGACCCGUACUGCGACUUUAAUCAACAUGUUAGGAUAAGUGUUAACGGGAAUUCAUAACAAAACUAUCUACUAUAUUGUUAAUAUAGUUAAUAAUGAUUGAAUAUGGGCCUAUAUAUAUAUAUAUAUAUAUAUAUAUAUAUAUAUAAUAUAUAUACAUAUAUAUAUAUAAUAUAUAUAUAUCGAUUGAUUAGGCCUAUAUAUAUAAUUCAUUUUUAUUUCCAAUAUAUAUUUGAGAAAAUAAAUUAUCUUGUAAGUUAUUUAUUUUUAAACAUAUAAUAGUUGUAAAUACGUAACUUCAUUAUUUUGAUUAACAGCCCCCUCUAUAAUUAUGCCUACAUUUUAAGAACUGCUUAUACGACUUAAUGUACAGAACCACUCUGUGAGUAUUUAUAUAUUAUCUAAACUCACCUGUAUUUGUCUGAUUUUAUAUUUUAAACUGUAGCAUACAUGAAUUUAUCAUGUUUGAUAUCAUUAUUAUUUAUCAUAAUAAUGUUCUGAACUAUGUUUAUUUUCUUUUAGAAUGGAUUUAUUCGGUGUAAACACUAAGGAUAUCCCACCAAAGUCUGAAGAAGACCUAUUUCUAGUUGGGUCCUUAGAGCAUAGUGCUUACAAUUAUCACAACUACAUACUCAAUUGCAUUAAUAUAAACGUUUAAAUAAUAUUAUCAUAAUUAAAAUAUCCUUGUCGUUUAUUACCACAUUUGCAAGCAUUGGUUGUCAAUCAGGAACCACGCUUUAUAAGAUGAUUAUAUGUUAAGUGUGAGAAUGUCAAAUUAAGCAUUAAGUUUAAACAGAAAAUACAUGAUAAUAUUUAAGUGCAUACAUACACAGCGUUUCAAGAGUUUUUCGAAGAUUGUAUAGUUUUAUGUCGAUUAAAUAUGACAAUGAUCAAUUAA